UAUAUUCUGCAGGUAUAUUCUGCUGAAUAUCUGCAUGGGCCACAAUAAGUUCGGUAUAUAAACCAAGACAUAUAGAACAAUAUUUGUACCGUACUUGGGAGAUAAAGCAGCAAAGAUGCGUUGGGAAGUUUUGUUGGUUUGUGUUUCGCUUUGUAUUGCAGGAGCAAGUAGCUUGGAAUGCAUACCGUGUACAUACGGACAAAAUUGCCCAACAUUAAACUGCAAGGGGGGUAAAGAGCUUGGUCCUUGCGGGUGCUGUGAUGUAUGCGCUAAGCAGCUUGGGGAAUCAUGUGGAGUUGAGUUUAGCUGGUUUUAUGGAACGUGUGACGUUGGUUUAAAGUGCGUUGUUCCAAAGCCACCAUUUUGGAGCUCAUUCGUGUAUUUCAACCAAAUCGGAGUGUGCAAGUAUGAUUACUAUCUGCUAGGAGCUACAGAACCAACAACAUCAAGUGGUACGCAAACAUCAGCUUGAAGCACUUCCAAUGUUUGAAUAGUUUUCUAAUGCCCUAAGCAUUAGCAGUAGUUGCAUUUACUCGUGUAUGUAGUAUAGUAGAUUGGGGUAAGGUGGGACGUGUUAUUCAUUCUUUUUUCUCGUUCCAUUUGGUAGUAAAGACAAAAUAAUGUAUUUUUCAUUUGCUAAAGAUAUCCCAUCUCACCCCUAUAUGCUUUGUAAUAUAAACAUGUGUCGCUAGCAAUAAAUUGCAUUUAAUAAAAACCAGUACACUAUC